AUGGAGGUCCCUGGGAAAUUAGAUCCAGGAGCUGUAAGUGCUGAAGACUCGACAUUAGUAUGUCUCCCGUGUGAAAAUGAUGGUUUGAAGGAACCAGCUUAUGGCUUCUGCCAAGACUGCCAAGAGCAUCUAUGUGAAACAUGCUUCAAACAUCACAGACGGCCACGCCCAAUGAGAAAUCAUGUCCUCAUUGACAAAGAAUCUAUGCCAAAAACCCAGGUAAAUGCACCAAUAGCAUCUGGCAUGUCUGGGGAUAAAGCUGAUUUUUGCAAGAAACACCAAGACAAACCACUAGAAUUUUAUUGUCGGGAUCACACAUCAGUUGAUUGUUAUGUAUGCGUUACAUUAGAACACAAACAGUGUAAGGUGGACUAUAUUCCUGAUGUUUCUGGAAUCCUGUCUGACGAGAUGACAGAUAUAUUAGAACAAAUGGAAGCAUUGAUAACAAAAUGUAAAUCAAACAUAUUUUAUGUUAGCAAAGCUGCGCAAGAUCUAGACCAGAGUCAUGCCAAAGUUGUUGAAGAUAUCAAAGUCUUCAGGAAAGAGAUAAAUGAAUGUUUGGACAAAAUGGAAACCAGAAUAUUAAAGGAAGCUGACACAAUAGUAAAAGAAGCAAAGUGUAGUCAGGAAACCGUAAAAGCUGCUUCCUUAGAGAUAACUGAAGAACUUGAAUGUUCACAUUCGUUGUUAAGGUCAUUACAAGAACAGAACAAGCAAAAUAAGCUUUUUAUCGAGAUAAAAAACGUCGGAAAAAGUCUGCCAAUACUGACAGAUAAGGAAAAGAACGCAUUGCAUGCAAAUACAACAAACGAUUGUAUUCAAUUUACCCGCAACGCAAGCAUUAUAGAUUUUCUUAAGACUGAGAAUAGUUAUGGAACAUUGGCAACAUUUGUGCAACCAUACCCAGAUAGAGCAAUAGAUUUACAAUAUAUAGAUACAAUAGACAUUAAACAGAUAUCAGAAAAAGAAAAAUGUAGUAUUACUGGAAUGGUUAUGGUUACUCCUACGAAAAUGGUUGUUGCUGAUAACAAAAACAAAAACGUAACACUGAUCGACAUUGAAAAAAAUGUAGUUGUAACAGAGGUAAAGAUGUCUUUAGGUCCGGUGGAUGUUAUAACUCUUCCAGAAAAAAAGCUUGCUGUAACUUUGAAUGGUGAAACUUUUCUUCAGAUAUUGUCUUAUUCUGACGCGAAACUUUCAUUAUAUAAACUUAUAGAUGUAAGAAACAAGUGCAAUGGUGUUGCUUAUAGCCGGGGAAAACUUAUUGUCUCCUCCGCGGAAUCAAAGAAAAUAAUCAUUAUCAAUCUUGAAGGAGAAAUUCUUGAUGUUCUUGGUUCUCCUACUAUAUUCUAUGGGCCUACCAGAGUUUUGAUCAGCAAUGAUGAAUCGUUUAUAUAUGUAUCGGAUACAGAUUGGAAACAAAAAAGCAAGGUUUUGAAAAUGGAUUGGAAAGGAAAUGUUAACACCGUUUUUGAAGAACCAAAAUAUCAAUCUCCUUACGGCCAAGAACAAUUAGAAGAUGAGACUAUACUGAUAUGUUGCAGAAACAGUCACACUAUUCUGAGACUGUCAAGCAGCUUAAAAAAAUGUGACAUUAUUGGACUAGAGAAAGCAAAUAUCUAUUUACCAACAGCUGUAACAUACUGUGAAGCAGAACAAAAACUGUACGUUAGUUGUCCAUCACAGAAAGAAAAACCACGGGCUGAUAUUGUGAAAGUAUUCCAUGUUAAAUGGAUACAAAGGAAUAUGUCGUCAUGA